GCGACACCCUAGUAUCUUGCACCGACAGCUCUUUCUGCGAACGACUAUGGCGAGUUCUCCGAAUUACUAUGACAUCUUGGGUGUUUCGAGCAACGCCAGCCGCGAAGAAAUCCGCCGCGCGUACUUGCAACAGGCAUUGCGAGUUCAUCCUGAUAGACUGAAGGAACCUAUUGCAAACACAGCUUUUCAAAUGCUGCAAGGUGGGUCGCAAGGUCCGUCUCAUCUGAUGGUCAGAGGCGUACGAAUGCCUCUUUGACAAAGAGAGCAGAUUACACUACGAUCGCAGGCUCGAAGACGCUUCCCGAGCCAAGAAGCGGUCGAAGGCGGAAGCCUGUCGUACACCAAGUCGCAUGUCAAACGACUUUAUCAUCUUCGUCCCGAUCCCUGUAGGUGUGACUCGGGAUGGUUGGACGGGGAGCCAACGACC